AUGAGUGAAGAAACUGUAGAUGGGACAAACGGGUGCAACAAAGUGCGGACUGGUACUCAGAAUGAAGCGGCGCUACUUGCUUUGAUGGAAAAGACUGGAUACAACAUGGUUCAAGAAAAUGGGCAAAGAAAGUUUGGUGGUCCACCUCCAGGUUGGGAAGGUCCACCUCCGCCUCGAGGCUGUGAAGUUUUUGUAGGAAAAAUACCUCGUGAUAUGUAUGAAGAUGAGUUAGUUCCUGUAUUUGAAAGAGCUGGGAAAAUAUAUGAAUUUCGACUUAUGAUGGAAUUUAGUGGUGAAAAUCGAGGUUAUGCUUUUGUGAUGUAUACCACAAAAGAAGAAGCCCAGUUAGCCAUUAGAAUUCUUAAUAAUUAUGAAAUUAGACCAGGGAAAUUUAUUGGUGUGUGUGUAAGCUUGGAUAAUUGCAGAUUAUUUAUUGGAGCUAUUCCAAAAGAAAAGAAGAAAGAAGAAAUCUUGGAUGAAAUGAAGAAAGUUACAGAAGGAGUUGUAGAUGUCAUUGUUUACCCAAGUGCAACUGAUAAGACCAAAAAUCGUGGUUUUGCAUUUGUGGAAUAUGAAUCUCACAGAGCUGCUGCUAUGGCUAGGAGAAAACUAAUUCCAGGAACCUUCCAACUGUGGGGCCAUACUAUUCAGGUGGAUUGGGCUGACCCAGAGAAAGAGGUUGAUGAGGAAACCAUGCAGAGAGUUAAAGUUCUCUAUGUACGAAAUUUAAUGAUCUCAACUACUGAGGAAACAAUUAAAGCAGAAUUCAAUAAAUUCAAACCUGGUACAGUUGAGCGAGUAAAGAAACUUAGAGAUUAUGCUUUUGUUCACUUUUUCAACCGAGAAGAUGCAGUGGCGGCCAUGUCAGUAAUGAAUGGAAAAUGCAUUGAUGGAGCAAGUAUUGAGGUAACACUGGCAAAACCCGUAAAUAAAGAAAACACUUGGAGACAGCAUCUUAAUGGUCAGAUUAGCCCCAAUUCUGAAAACCUGAUUGUGUUUGCUAACAAAGAAGAGAGUCACCCCAAAAUUCUAGGCAAGCCACCAACUCUUCCAGCUCGUCUCAAUGGCCAGCAUAGCCCAAGCCCCCCUGAAAUUGAAAGAUGCACUUACCCGUUUUUUCCUGGAACAAAACUUACUCCAAUUAGUAUGUAUUCUUUAAAAUCCAAUCAUUUCAAUUCUGCAGUAAUGCAUUUGGAUUAUUACUGCAACAAAAAUAAUUGGGCACCACCAGAAUAUUAUUUAUAUUCAACAACAAGUCAAGAUGGGAAAGUACUCUUGGUAUAUAAAAUCGUUAUUCCUGCUAUUGCAAAUGGAUCCCAGAGUUACUUCAUGCCAGACAAACUCUGUACUACGUUAGAAGAUGCAAAGGAACUGGCAGCCCAGUUUACAUUACUUCAUUUGGACUACAAUUUCCGUCGCAGCUCAGUAAAUAGUCUUUCCCCUGUUAGUGCUACCCUCUCUUCUGGGACUCCCAGCGUGCUUCCUUAUACUUCAAGGCCUUACUCUUAUCCAAGCUAUUCCGUGUCACCAACGAUACCUCUUGCUAAUGGCAGCCAUGUUGGACAGCGAUUAUAUAUCUCCAAUCAGGCCUCAUUCUUCUGA